GGGGCAGCAGAGGGAGCUAUAUUUAGAGCUAGUCGGGAUUAAAUUGCAGGGUCUUCAUUCAGGAAACCUUUUCUCUGCUCUGCCUUUUCCAGCCAGGACCUACUGCCAGAAGGACCUGUGGCCCGUCGCCUCAUUCCUCUCUCCUUGGACCUCCUUAUCGCCAUCCGGACUAACCAUGGACCCCAGCGCCAUGAAGGAGGAGCUGCGCCUGUUUCAGAGCACCCUGCUCCAGGAUGGUCUGAAGGAGCUGCUCAAAGAGAACAAGUUUGUGGACUGUAACCUGAAGGUGGGGGAUCGCAGCUUCCCCUGUCAUAGGUUGAUCAUGGCUGCCUGCAGCCCCUACUUCAGGGAGAUCUUCUUCACAGAGGAUGGCAAGGAAGUGGAGAACACACAGGAGGUGGUGCUGGAUGACGUCAACCCCAGCAUCCUGGAGCUCAUCAUCCAGUACCUGUACUCAGCGGAGAUCGACCUCACUGAUGACAACGUUCAGGACAUCAUUGCUGUUGCCAAUCGAUUCCAGAUCCCCUCCGUCUUCACCGUUUGUGUCAACUACCUCCUGAAGAAGCUGUCCCAGAACAAUUGCAUGGCCAUCUUCAGGAUGGGCCUGGUCAUCAGUUGUCCCAGACUGGCCGUGGCCGCUCGCAACUACAUCGCAGACCGAUUCGGAGCCCUCUACAAAGACGAGGAGUUCCUCAGACUCGCUCCACAUGAACUGUUCGCCAUCAUCGGGGGAGACUCCCUGAACGUGGAGAAGGAGGAGUUGGUGUUUGAGGCCGUCAUGUCUUGGGUGCGUUAUGACAAGGACAAGCGUGUGAAGAUCUUGAAGGAUGCAUUCAACUGCAUCCGCUUCCGUCUGAUGCCAGAGAAAUAUUUCAAAGAGCGUGUGGAGUCUGAUGACAUCAUCAGAGCUGACCCAGAGCUUCAGAAGACCAUUCAGGAGAUCAGCGAUGCCUUCAAGGGGAAACUUCCAGAAACACCACAAAAGAAGGAAGGGGCCGAUAAGGAAGGAGAUGAGGAAGAGGAGGAGGAGAGCCCCUUCCCUGGGUACCUGAAUGAUAACCGCAGAUUUGGCAUGUAUGUGCGUGACUUCAUCCUCAUGAUCAACGACACGGCGAGCGUAGCCUACGAUGUCAAUGAGAACGAGUGCUUCCUGGCUGCGAUGUCGGAGCAGGUGCCACGCAACCACGUCAGUGUGGUGUCUCAGAAGAACCAGCUCUACAUCAUCGGAGGACUGUUCGUGGACGAGGAGAACAAGGAUGUUCCUCUGCAGUGCUACGUCUACUUGCUGGAUCCUCUGAGCUCAGACUGGGUGGCUCUUCCUCCCAUGCCUUCACCCAGGUGUUUGUUCAGCAUCGGAGAGAGUGACAACCAGCUGUUUGCAGUGGCUGGAAAAGACCUGCAGAGCAACGAGUCUCUGGAUUCUGUCAUGAGCUUCGACACCGAGAAAUUGAGGUGGACUGAGACCAAAAAGCUGCCGCUGAAGAUCCACGGCCACUGUGUGGUUUCACACAAAGGUCUGGUGUACUGCAUUGGAGGAAAGACAGACGACAACAAAGCUCUGAACAAGAUGUUCGCCUACAACCACAAACAGUCGGAGUGGAGGGAGAUGGCCGCCAUGAAGACCCCCAGGUCCAUGUUUGGAGCUGUGGUCCACAACGGAAAGCUUGUGGUGGUGGGUGGAGUCAACGAGGAAGGACUGACAGCCAGCUGUGAGGUCUACAACUUCACCUCCAACAAGUGGGAGAACUUCACAGACUUCCCUCAGGAGAGGAGCUCAGUGAACCUGGUGAGCAGCAGUGGUUCUCUCUUCGCAGUGGGCGGCUUCGCCAUGGUCCAGGCGGAGAACAAAGAGGUGGCUCCAGCAGAGGUCACCGAUGUCUGGCAGUACGAGGAGGAUAAGAAGCAGUGGAGUGGGAUGCUGAGGGAGAUGCGUUAUGCUUCUGGAGCCUCCUGCGUCUCCAUACGUCUCAAUGCUGCCAGGAUGCCUAAACUGUGAAAACAGAACCAGAACCAGUCCACAUGCCACCAUCACCAAACCUCUGAACAGUUUUAAUCUACAAAAUGAACUUGUUUUUGUUUGACAACCAAGAUCUCCUAUAAUAAAAAGAAACUUGACGGCGGCUUAACAUUUUUUAAAUUAUUAAAUUAUUAUUUUUUUUGGUUAAACAAAAUGCCAUCCUGCAUGGUCCACAUGCACCACACCCCACAUUCAGUGUUAAGAUGUAGUAAAACCCGCCCUGCAGUUCAGAACUUGUUCGGUGGCUAACGCUACAGUGAUGCUUCACUGUCAUAGGACAAAUUUGUACUCCACGAGUUUAGUGAGUUUUCUGCUCGGGUUGUGUGUCAGAACAGCUGAGGCUGGGCUCCAGAUGGCAGCCACAGAGGCAUUCAAUCGUCAGAAAGUGACCCAACAAUAGAACGCAUGUUAUUCCAGGUCCUGGAAAACUCUUAAACACCAGCUGUUCCACUUUUUAGACACUUGGUUGUUGCACUUGUCGAUGCAGACAGACUGAAUCUUAGACUGGUCUUAGAGUGCCCUCUGUAGGUUGUAACCAUAAACUUUGGGGUUUUUUCCCCCAAGCCUUUUAAAUCAAUGUUUCAACUUUGAAACUUUAAACUUUAAAGUGACAGUCCUAAAAGAACCCACAGUCACACAGACUGUAGUCACACUUCAAACUAAUGUUCUGUCCAUGAAUCUGUUCAUUUUCAUUUUCGUAGACUUUCUAAGACCACUGUAGGGUUUUGUAUGUGCCUAUAAACAUUUUUGAAAUACAAGUUGUCGCUGAUGUUGAUGUGAAUUAAAAUGACUCUUCCCUUCA